AUGCAAUCGCUCAAGUCUGCCCGCUUCCUUGAGAUCAAGAACGACCAGUUCAGUUAUCCCGAGGGCUUCAAGUCUCCCAACCCGGCACUCAACCAGACCGGCAAGCGUGUUGGCAAGGAGUACGACCUGGACUUCUUGCUCCAAUUCCAGAGCAUCUUCAAGGAGAAGCCUACUGUUGACUGGGAUUUGAGAGUCAAGGAGACUCUUGGUGAGGGUGAAACUGGUCGCCAGAACAGCCGUGGUGGUGCAAGCAUGGGUGGUCGCCAGCCCUCUAACAGAGGUCCUAGCCAGUUCAGUGCCAUGGGCAACUUUGCCAGUGGCAACACCCGUACUCUUCCCGCCGGUACUACCUCUGCCGACCGCUUCAACGCCUCUUCUGGAAGAGGUGGCCCUAUGGGCAUGGGACGUGGUGGUGCUUUCCCUGGUCAGGGUUCUCUCAGCCGCACCAACUCUCUUCAGGCCAUGGCUGGCAUGGGUGGCCCUGGUUCGCCUAGAACUAAUACUUCUCGCAGAGGAGGUGGUAGCAAGCGUGGCAACCCCUCCCGUCACCACGAGAGAGAAGAUGCCAACGCUGCCAAGAACAUGCCCCUCACCGCUGGUCAGGAACUCAAGCCGCUUGAGAAGUCAACAACCGGAUGGACUGCCCGCAGUGUUGGAGCACCCGCCGCUGCUGCUGCACCUGCUGACGGUCAAAUGCCUCCGGACAUGGUCCAGCGUAAGGUCAAGGCUGCUUUGAACAAGAUGACACCCGAGAACUUCGAGAGAAUCUCAGACCAGAUCAUCGAGAUCGCCAACCAGUCGAAGAAGGAGAGUGACGGCCGUACCUUGCGCCAAGUCAUUCAGCUCACCUUUGAGAAGGCUUGUGAUGAAGCUCACUGGGCUGGUACUUACGCCAAGUUCUGCUCAAAGAUGUUGACCAGCAUGAGCAACGAGAUUGUCGACGAGACUAUUCGUGACAGAAGUGGUCAGCCUGUUGUUGGUGGUGGUCUCUUCAGAAAGUACUUGCUCAACCGUUGUCAAGAAGAGUUCGAGCGUGGUUGGGAGGCCAACCUUCCUCCCAUGUCCGAGGGCAAGGAGGCUACUCUUCUGUCCGACGAGUACUACAUUGCCGCUGCCGCCAAGAGAAAGGGUCUCGGUCUUAUCCAGUUCAUUGGUGAGCUCUACAAGCUCGGCAUGCUUACAGUCAAGAUUAUGCACCAGUGUGUUUUGAGAUUGUUGAACUUUGAGGGUCAGCCCGAUGAGUCCGCCGUCGAGAACUUGUCCAAGCUUCUCAAGGCUGUUGGUGCCACAAUGGACAGCACCGAACAAGGACACCAGCUUGUGAAUGUCUACUAUGAACGUGUUGCAAGCAUUCUCGAGCAACACAAGGACAUGCCCAGCAGAUCGAGAUUCAUGCUCAUGGAUAUUAUCGACCUUAGAAAGAACAACUGGAAGUCCAGGGAUGCUGACAAGGGUCCCAAGACGAUUGAGGAGAUUCACGCCGAGGCUGAGGCCGCACAAGCCGCCGCCGAGCUGGAAAGACAGCGUAACAACAGCAACCGUGGUGGUCGUGCUCCUAUGGGCCGUGGUGAUGCACGCUCAUUCUCUGGACACGGCGGUAUGCCUCCACCAGACUACCCCCGCAACCAGGUCGGCAUGGACGAUCUCCGUCGUCUACAAGCCCGUGGUUCGCAACGUCAAGCCAGUGCUGGUCUUGGUCCUCAACUCGGCCCCAGCUCGCUAUUCAGCAGCUCGCGCAGCGGUAGUGGUCGCAAGGGUCUUGGCCCCCCUAGAGAUGGCGAGGGUUCCGGACCUACUUCGAGAUCGGGCACUCCUUCACAACAAAAGAAGGAGGAGACGACACACGUCAACGCCUUCAGGUAA